GAGAGCUAGGAGGAGAUGGACUGGACCAUAUUUUUGGCUGGGAUGGGGGGAGAGAGGAGAACUAAAGGGAGAAAAGGGAAAUAAGGAAAGGAUGAACUUAGAUAUAUUGUUGGCUGUACGGCGGAGCGUGGUCUAGAGUUUGAAGUUUAAGGAAGGCUCGAGCCUACCCUCGACCUGGGACUGAUACUCCCACUGAGGUCCGUCCGGUGGUUUGGUACGGCCUGGCCCACCGGACCUGCCAGAGCUCAGUCGGCCGCAGCUCAGCUGGGCUCCCGGCGCCGCCUCCUCCCAGCCUGCGGUAGGCUGCCGGGCUUCUGUGGGUGGGGGAAGGCUGGACUGAUGCAGUGUGCCCAGUGCCAGUGGCUACCCUGUUGGACAGCGAAGAUAUAGAAUAUUUCCAUCAUUGAAGAACAUUCUGUUGGUCAUUGUUGGACUGGAGAAACUCGAAGAUGACAACGGCAACACGACAAGAAGUUCUUGGCCUCUACCGCAGAAUUUUCAGGCUUGCGAGGAAAUGGCAGGCUGCAUCAGGGCAGAUGGAAGACACCAUUAAAGAAAAACAGUACAUAUUAAAUGAAGCCAGAACACUGUUUCAGAAAAACAAAAAUCUUACAGACACAGACCUGAUUAAACAGUGUAUAGAUGAGUGCACAGCCAGGAUUGAAAUUGGACUGCAUUACCAGAUUCCUUAUCCAAGGCCAAUUCAUCUACCUCCUAUGGGCCUUACCCCACUACGAGGCCGGGGACUUCGAAGCCAGGAGAAAUUGAGGAAAUUUUCCAAACCAGUAUAUCUCAAGUCUCAUGAUGAAGUUUCCUAACCCAGAAAAAAAAGUUUUUUUCUGAGAAUGAUGAGCCAACUAGGCCUUAAAUGUAAACCAGACAGCAAAGCUCUUCUUGAUUAGGAGCAAAAAUCCAAAUAUCUUCUUAAAACCUUCGAAAUACUGGUACUCACCCCAUGAUGUGUGCUCACACAUCACUACAGUUUGUCAGGAUCUUGCUGCCUGAGUGGACAACACUAACCCUAGAGGUCAUGGACCUUAAAUCCUCACUGAAGCAUCAUUUGGAAACAAGACUAAGGCCUGUGGGCAGAAGACUGAAGGGUGACAAAGCUCUUCAAGGGAAUGCCGAUCACCAGACAUGCCAGCUGAUAUGAAGAAAUUAGCCAGUUGCUGGAAGUUCUCAUGGCUACUAUAAAACUAUAUACCACCCCUCAGAAUAUUUUUAGGCUUUUUUUUUCAAGUUAUAGAUUUGCUUAAAAGUGGGCUUUUUGUGUGUGCUUUGUUGUCUUUUGACGCUUCCAAUUUCCACAUAAACUCCCCUUAAAAAGCGCAUCAUUGGAUCAAUCAUGGUUUUUCAUUGAAAUUUUAUAUGAGACCCAUCUCUGCCC